AUCCGUCGGGGCGCCUCCACCCGGCUGUUAGCAUGAUGUCUUACCUCAAACAACCCCCAUACGGCAUGAACGGGCUGGGCCUAGCUGGCCCAGCCAUGGACCUCCUGCACCCCUCUGUGGGCUAUCCUGCCACUCCGCGGAAGCAGCGACGGGAACGCACCACCUUCACGCGCUCACAACUGGACGUGCUGGAGGCGCUUUUCGCCAAGACUCGCUACCCAGACAUCUUCAUGCGAGAGGAGGUGGCGCUCAAGAUCAACCUGCCUGAGUCCAGAGUCCAGGUUUGGUUCAAGAACCGCCGCGCCAAGUGCCGACAGCAGCAGCAGAGCGGGAACGGAACGAAAAGCCGGCCGGUCAAGAAGAAGUCGUCUCCAGUGCGGGAGAGCUCGGGCUCAGAGAGCAGCGGCCAGUUCACGCCGCCUGCGGUGUCUAGCUCUGCCUCCUCGUCUAGUUCAGUGUCCAGUGCCUCUGCCAAUCCGGCGGCUGCUGCGGCCGCUGGCCUGGGUGGGAACCCGGUGGCUGCCGUGUCCUCUCUGAGUACGCCUACCGCUUCGUCCAUCUGGAGCCCGGCCUCCAUCUCGCCAGGCUCAGCGCCGGCAUCCGUGUCCGUGCCAGAGCCACUGGGCGCGCCAACCAACGCCUCGUGUAUGCAGCGCUCGGUAGCCGCAGGUGCUGCCACUGCAGCGGCCUCUUACCCCAUGUCCUAUGGCCAGGGCGGAAGCUACGGCCAGGGCUACCCCGCACCCUCCUCUUCUUACUUUGGCGGUGUAGACUGCAGCUCCUACCUAGCGCCCAUGCAUUCUCAUCACCACCCGCACCAGCUGAGCCCCAUGGCACCCUCCUCCAUGGCUGGUCACCACCACCACCACCCGCACGCACACCACCCACUGAGUCAAUCUUCAGGUCACCACCACCACCAUCACCACCACCACCACCACCAAGGUUACGGAGGCUCUGGGCUCGCCUUCAACUCUGCCGACUGCUUGGAUUACAAGGAGCCUGCCGCUGCCGCUGCCGCUGCUUCCUCUGCCUGGAAACUCAACUUCAACUCUCCCGAUUGUCUGGACUAUAAGGACCAAGCCUCGUGGCGGUUCCAGGUCUUGUGAGCCCAGGAGUGAGAGGAAGUGGAGAAGAAACGCAACUACCUGCGCCCUCCGUGGUCCCCAUCCUGUUGCUGCUGCUGCACCGCUCGCCUUCGCCUUGGCUUUUCCAAAACUGAAUUUUCACGCCCCCAAGACGUCCAUUGCCUGCACUGCCGCUCCCGUCUUUGUGCCAUUUGCUUGGGUUGGGGGGUGUAGACCCCUCUCCCCCUUGGAGGUGGGGCCCGGUGCUUCAACUUGGCCCUCAGUUUCUUCAUGGGAUGGCAGUGUGCUCUCCCGCUCGACUCGUGCGUCACCCCUUCAAGUCUUUCUGGACAGCUUUUCUGCACCUGGAGCCUUCUGAGGCUCCUCGCUCUGACCCUCUCUGUUUUGAGCUCAACAGUUUUAUUUAUUCUUUCUGGACACUGAAGUCACUAACUGGCGUAUUAUCUACCGUUUGGAGUGCACCCAUACACACUCCUCCAAAUCAAACCCACCACUGUCUCUCUUAGCAGACUGUCUCCCUUCAGCUGCCCUUGAUCCAGCCUCCCCAUCUGCAGGCCAGAGCGUCCAGCAUGUCCACCUUCCCAGUGGUGAGCGCUGAGCCAGGCCUUUGGGAGGAGGGUGCUCCAGCCUCCUUCCCUGCCCUGCGCUGGACUGAUUCAAGCUUCUGCCUCGGCGGGAAUGCUGUACAUAGUCGGGUCCGUUCCAGGGACCACUUAAACUUUUUAGUUGCUGUUGGUUGAACUGAGCAUCUCUCUUGUUUUAGCGUCCAGGAAACAGAACUUUAAAAAUAUAUACAUCACAUAUAUAUAUACACAUAUAUAUAAAACAAAAGCAAAAAAAUAUUUCCCCUUUGUGCCCAUUCCUCUUUCUCAAACGAUGGCGACUCUUAUUUUUCAGUUGUCACAAGCUGUCCUGCCCCCUCUUCACAUCUCCCUUUGUGUAUUUAUUAAAGAAACCCGCUUGGUUCCUGGAAGCUGGGCGCUGGAGGAUCAGAAGUGAAGGAAACAGCUAAGUCGGGGUACAGGGUUGGGGUAGGCUGGGCCGGGCAUAGGACUGAGCCCUUCACCCAAGUUUCGGCUUAGAAACAAACAAAAGAGGUGAAAUUACAACAUUGUGAAGCCCCGAGUCCCAGGUCCAGUUCCUCUGUGGGUAUCUCUCUCUUUAAAACACCCCUGUCUGUUUAGUGAGUUUUUAGUGACCCUCCUCUCUCCGAAAUCUGCGGAGAGCACCUGUGUAUCUAUGAGUUUUGGUUUUGGCCGCUUGGUCCAGUAGGUGGGAAAGUAAUUUGUAAAUUUGAUUUGUCCGAUGUGAAGAUCACAAAUUACUUGUUGAGAUGUAAGGCAGUCCGUCUCCUCUUCCUCUUUAUCUACAUUAUUUCCC